AUGUUGUGCCCGAGGCGUUGUGCGACGGUGGCCGCUGGUGAUGUUUAUUGCCGUGGAAUGCGGGGAAGUGGGCGGCCGCAGGCGUCGAAAUCGUCCACGCACGCCCUUCACAGCCUCUACCGCCGUCUCCGCAAGGAGGGCGAAGACCGGCUGACGCUCGAGCGGGCCCUCUCCACACGUCCCCUGGAGAAAAACAUACAGUUGGGCCUGCGACUCCUCCAUUACCACACAAGGCUAGUCAACAUUGACCGGGAGGCGCGUGAGGUGGCGUUUUGGCGAAUUGUGCGGCAGCUCCGAUUGGCAGCGGCUCGACGUUACUUUGCGUGGCGCAUUUUUGGUCUCCGUCUUCGCCUACGCAGUACGGCAGCCAUCAGUGAUGCGUUGGUGUACUUUCUUUUCCUGACGGUUUGCUUCAUGUUGUAUCAAAUGUAUCGGGUCUGUCGCAUUGGUGUCACCCGUGCGGAGGAGCGCUACAUGGCGCUGGCCAUUCCCAUCAAGCAAACCUUUGACGCCCUUGAGGACGCGCAGGAGCGAAGGAAAUCCCUACGAAGGGAGAUGGAGAAGGAUGUGCUCCAGCAGCGGUAG